AUGUCUCAUAAAUUUGUAAUUGUUGGAGCAGGUCUCUCUGGAUUGAGUAAUGCCUAUUUUAUUAAGCAUUUUUUUCCAAAAGCUUAAAUAACUUUGAUAGAGUAAUCAAAUCGUGUAGGUGGAAUGAUAGUUUCAAAUAAUAGAAAUGGAUUUAUUUGUGAAGAAGGACCAAGAUCAAUUAGAAUGGGGAAAUACAACAGACCACUCUAUCAUAUUCUAAAUAAGACCAAACUUUAUAAAGAAUGUAAGUGAAGCUCAAAUUUAAUUAGUUGUACCCAGUAUUCAAUAACCAUAUAGUUACAUCUAUUGGAAUGGAAAACUAAAUUCAGUUCCUUUGUAAAUGAAUUUAGGAACUCUUUCACAAUUCAUAAAGGAUAAUGGUAGUGGAGAUAUGUUGAAAUUAAUAAAAGCUGGUGCAAAUAUGAUGUUGUUGAAACCAAAUACAGAUAAUCUGGGAGAAUAUUUGGAUUAAGUUUUAGGAAAGGAGCUUACUGAGAAAUAUGCAGAGUCUGUAUUUUAUGGAAUUUAUGGAGAAUCAGUAUAUAAUUUAUCGAAGGGUUUAUGUUACAGUAAGAGUCAUAUGAGAGGAUAUAAAGAACAGGAGAUAUAGAAAGAAUUGAGUUUAGAUAAAGAUUUUGAAUAGAUAAGAGAUGAGAAAUUAAAAGGAGGUAGAAUUAAUAAUAAAUGAAUAGCAAAUAGUUACAGAUUCAAAGAUGGUGUAGAAUCUCUACCAAAGAGAUUACAUACUUAUUUGUANUAACAAAUGAUUUUUAAAAUUUUUUGUAGAUAUCUUUAUACUGUUUAAGCAUUUUCUAAGACUAAAAUUAACUGGUAUAAAUUUUUAACAUGA